AUGAUGCAGCUAAGUAGGAUUUUGUCUUAUAUCUCACCAAAGAGGAUAUCCCUAUUACUGAAUGGAGCAAAUGCAAGGAGAAUAUCAACACGAACUACCACAGAAACUACUACUGGGACUGAUAAUUCUGAUUCUAGUGAUUUGGUUAAGAGGAUUUAUUACUUAGCUAGGUCAGGCCAGACUAAUGUUGAAGUAUGGAGAGACUGCACAGUAAAGACUAUAGAAUCGAUAUAUAAACUUGAUCUGAGAGGCCUAGUUUCAAUACUUCAUUCCUAUGGGUACAUGAAGUACAGAGAUCGGAACAUGCUUCAGUUGAUUUCAGCUAGACUGAUAGAGAACAUUAGACUAAUUAACUCACCUCAGAUUACAAAUGUGCUAAGGGCAUAUUCAAUUCUGAACUUUAGAAGUGAUUUUCUAUUCAGAAUGAUGAUUCCAGAAAUCUCACUAAGACUAGAUAUGAUGACAGUGAGCCAGGUUUCAUCAAUUUUUUACUCAUACUCUAAUUUGGGGUACUAUAACAAGAAUUUGUUCCAGACCAUACAAACAUACCUGUACUCAAAUGUAGAUAAAUUAACACCAUAUGAUCUUACACUACUGUUAAGUGGAUUUUGUAAGAAUUUUAAAGGUUUUGAUGAUAAGUUUCUUACUGUCCUUUCAUUUCAAUUUUGUAAAUUACUCAACUCAUACGAUAAUAAGCUUUUCUCACUGAGUGUAAACUCACUUUCAAGAUUAAAUUUCUGUAAACAUAAGUACCUGCCAUCACUUAUAGAGUCUGAAGUAUACAACAGAGUUAAGUCACCAAAAGACCCACUGGCCUCCAGAUCAUUAUCACUGAUUUUAAACUCGUUAUCUAAACAUUACACAAGUUGCACGCCACUUUUUACGUUUUUAUCUCAGACUGUUUUGAAGAGGCUUAAGGAGUUUGAUAUGCACUCAGUUUGCUUAGCUUUGUCAUCUUUCAGUAGAGUUUCACUAUCUGACGGGAAAAUGUAUGAUAAGAUUGCAGAGCAUGUUGGAAGGAACUCAUUAAAGUUAUAUCCAAGAGCGAUUGCAUCAAUGUUAUACUCAUAUGCCAGAGCUAAGCACUUACACGGAGCACUGUUUUACUUUUCAGGGAAGCACAUCCAGUUAAAUCUUGGAAAUUAUACCUGCGACGAAGUGGCUAUGGUUUUGAGAUCAUUUUCAGUUUUAAACGUGAAAAACGAGGAACUAUUGGAUAGUUUUUCAAAGUUUAUACUGGAAAAUACUCCUGAUUACGUUCCAAUCAAGUUUGAAGAUUUAUGUCCGCACCUAAGAGUAUCAUUUGGUUCUAAAGAAUCUGGAAACCCUUGUAUAUUAAGUGAAAAUGAAGUUGGUUUGGCUGAAAAAACGGUUACAGAUAAUACUGGUGAUAAAACUGAUUUAUACAGUUUUGAAGGAAGGAAUAUUAACAUGCUAGAGUAUGUAGGAGAAUCGAGUAAAGUUUCUUCGAAUUAUCUAUCUAAUGGGAAGAUGCACUCAUUGCUGUGGAUUGUUCAGGCAUACGCUAAGUUCUUUUACAUAAAUGAUAAUGUCACAAGAGCCAUGACUAGAAUUGCAAAUGAACUUGUUGUGAGAAUGAAUGAGAUGAAACCGUUUUUAGUCUCUAGAUUACUGUUUUCAUUCUCACAGCUGAACUUCAGACAUGAAGCUGUUCUUGAAAUGCUAUUAAAUGAAGUUACAAAUCCAAGAGCCGGUGUUAAAUUUAGUCAAAAGGAGUUGUCGCUACUACACUACUCAAUUCCUACUUUCGGUUUAGACCCAGGAGAGUUUGGAGUUUACAAAUUUAAAGCUUUGGACUUCCAGAGAAUGGUUGAAACUACAGAACUUGAAGAGCUGAUUUUGAGAAUUGUUAAUCAGGACAUACCGUCAUCAAAACCACUUUUUGUAGAGUUACUCAAUAAUCCACUAACAAUGGAAUGCUUAUUGAAAGAUAGGAUUAAUGAUGGAAAUGGUAGUGAGAAAAAGGACUUAGAGGAACAAGGAGUUAAGGCUUCGGAUGAGUUUGAAGUUAAGGAAUUAGAUGGGAGUGACAUUUACAUUCAUAUACCUAAAUAUUUGAAAGAGCUAGUAAAGAGUGAAGAUAGAACUGAUGAUAUGAAAACUAAGCUUGAAGAGGCAUUAAAUAAUCACGUAAACUACAAUUUUAAAAUUGAUUAAGUUUAUUCUUACAA